AUGCCAAUACGAGAACAAAGCUCAACAAUGGCUUUAACUGAAAAUAAUGUAACUGAUAAUUCAUCAUUUUUAUUAUCAUCAUUAUCAAAUCUUCAGCAGGCAUCUACAUUUAAUCUAUUUAAUGAUUCAUCACUAAGCUCUUUUUCUUUAUUAACACCAACUAUGAAUUUAUCUGAUAUAACAGCAUUGAAAAUUUCCAAUUCAAAUCAUAAUAAUAAUGAUCAUAUAAGUGAUGAUGAUUUUGCUGCUCUUUUUGUUUCAUCGAUGCUUUCAACAACAUCGAAUAAUUCAUUUGAUAAUAUAAACAAUAAUAAUAAUGAAAGCUCAACUAAUACAAUAGAUGAAGCAUUUUUAAAUCAAGUCACUGAUUUAAAUUAUUGCUCAUCACCAAUCAUUGAUAAACAACAAACAAUCGGACCACCACCUGGUUUUGAAAACUUUCCUUUUAAUUCAUCAUCAACAUCGGAUUUACUUGUUUCAAAAACAACGAAUAGUAAUCCAACAAUAUCAUCCAUCAGUAAUGGUGCCAAUGAAACAUCAGUUUCGUCUUCAGAUACAAUUAAUUUUAGUCAGUUAUUAAAAUCGACAAACGUCGAUCUACAACAACAACAACAACAACAACCACAAUCAAUCGUUGGUAAUGCUGGAAAUAUUCGUUCAUUAUCAUCGUCAUCAUCUCAUUCGCCAUUUAUAUCCGAUGAACAAUCUUUGUUUUUUCCAAUGUCCACUCAAUCAUACUCAUCAUCAUCAUCAUCGUCAUCAUCAUCAAUUCUUCAUGCAACAAGUCAGAUUUUUUCCGCUAAUGCGCCUUCUUUAUCCACGACGACGACGACGACAACAACAACAAUAAUAAAACCUAAUUCUGCUGCUAAGCCGCACAUACCCAAUAGUCUUUCAUUAUAUAAUAAUAAUCACUUAUCAUCAUCAUCAUCAUCAUCUCUUAUUACAUGUAAUACAAUAGGCAGUUCUCUAUUAAGUACAACAUUUGACAAUGACAAAAAAAUGACAACUGAUAAAAGAAUUACACCGAGUCAUAUGUUUUCAUCCACAAAUUCAUUCUUUACGAAUGAACCUGCAGAUUUUACUUCUUCGAAAUCAACAAACAAUAGAAUUUCAACAACGAAUCAUCAAUCAUCAAUUACUGCUCGAACAUCAUCAUCAUCGACUUCAUCUUCAACUUCUUCGUCCAUUGAUGAAGCACUUAUUCAAUUAACACAACAGCAACAACAGCAAACACCAAAUGUUAAUAAAUUGUUCAAUGAUGAGCCUAUAUCAAUAUUUAAUUAUUCAUCCAUACAACCAAAACCAACUAUUGAUAAACAACAGCAAGCUGUUCAUGACAAUAUUAAUUUUCUCGCCUCCAUGGCAACUGCAUCAACACCCAUGACAUCCGAAUCAACAUGGCAACAACAAAUACCGUCAACAUCAAUGUCAAUAGAUUCAAGUAUGAAUUUGAAACGUAAAAUGCGUCCAAUUAUGCUCCAACAACAACAAAUGAAAUUAUCACAAUCGAUAUCGAGAAAUAAUUCGGCUAAUAUGCAUGAAUUAAUAGAAAAUCUAAAUGAACUUUGUUACAAAGGUUUUGAUGAACUUAAUGCACUAAUACAAGAACAGAGAUGGGUGCAAAGUUAUGUUAAUACAAGCGCCUCAUCAAUACAAUCGCCCAGUUCAUCCUCAUCAAGUUUGAAUGGUACGAAUUGUUGUUCAUCACGUAUUCUUAUUGUACCCGAAUAUUUUAUAUUUAAAUGCAAAAAAAUUGAAAUAAAUGCGAGUCAUGUUUUUGACUUAUUAGCUACGGGAAGAGCAGAACUUCGAUUACGUGAUUUAAUGUUUGUUUUUAAAUCAUGGAAAAAAAUUAUUUUAAAUGCUGAAAUCAUCCAUCAAGACGAAGAAAAUAAAUUACGAUUGAGUACUGAACAUCCACAAUCAUAUUAUAUGACUGAUGCAGUGUUACAAUCAGUAUUUGAUCGAGUAUCGUAUGCAAUACGUGAGCUGUGUAAUAUAACACAGCAAGCUCGUGCAGCAUUUCAAUAUGCAACAUUAAAUAUCUAUCAAGCAUCAUCCCGGCAACAACAAGUUUCAUCUCAAUUAUCAUCAACUAUUCAAUCAUCAUCACCAUCAUCGUCAAUUGCUCUUGCUCAAUUACAAGCUAUGCGCCAACAGAAAUAA